GGCUGGUACAGAGCAGCUGAACCUGGUCGAGUUCGGACGAGUUAAUAACGGGACGAGCUAGCGUUCGUUGAUAUAUCGGGUGUUAUUUUAAUUUUUUUGCUAAUUAACAAGUUAAUUUGGCGUCUGUACGAUGUAGCGUAUUAAGUAAACUGCGACUGGGUGCUUAAAGACGGACAGGUUUAGCUAUAAAACGAGCUUGUUUUCCAGCCAGAAAUAAGUCGCUUCAGGUCUCGCGCACACAAGUAGAGUUGGUGAACUAACUAACUAACUAAUUAAAUGACUAACUAAUUAACUGUUAUGUUUAUCGAUUGAUUUACCGUGGUCGUGUUUCGUCAGGAAGUGUUAAGUUACAAAAAAAAAAAAUAAUCCCACUGCUUUGUUUAUCUAGUUAGCUGGUUAAUUAGUUAGUUACCCGCUAACCGGUUACUUACUUACUCACUCACUCACUAACUAACUGUUAUGUUUAUUGAACGAUAGUCGUGUUUCCUCAGGAAGUGUUAAGGUAUAAAAAAUAUUUAAACCUCAUUGUUUUGUUUAGUUGGUUAGUUAGUUAGUUAGUUAAUUGGUUGGUUUUGCUAACUUAUCUAAACCCACUCUGAUACUCAGCUUAAAACGAGGGCUGUCGUGCGAGACAACUUGAGAAACUGAAACCAACAUCGACUAAAAUAGUCUCCCACCAGGAAGGGAAACCCAGCGUGAGACCAAACGCUUCGACACGACCCGCUUCACUUAUUUUUUUAAAAAACGAGACAGAUCCACACGUCUAACUUCCACUUCCCUAUACAGCUGAGAGAGAAGGAAUCGCCUCCCACACGGCUCUUUAAAGCUGAUCUCUUUAACCAGUCAACACCCCGACCCGCUCCGAUGCUCUCUGCCAGGUGAAGAAGUCAUCCUGCUGCUCCCUGUCCGGUUGCGCUACAUGCGACAGAAAUCAAGCACAUUCUGCGCAGAGAUCUCUAAAGGUUUUAAGUUGUGACCAGAUGGCGAUGUGGCUGCUGUUCUUCUGAGCACCAUGGGAGGAUGUGUGGGGAGAGAGCGUGAGUCCAGAGGGUCAUCCGGCCGGGGACGAGGCCAGAGAAAGCGUGGAGCCCGUAAUGAACCUCUGAAGAAGGACAAGCCCAGGUGGAAGAGCGACUAUCCCAUGACAGAAGGCCAGCUGCGCAGUAAGAGGGACGAGUUCUGGGACACCGCGCCGGCUUUCGAGGGCCGCAAGGAAAUCUGGGACGCGUUAAAAGCAGCCGCAGUGGCCCUGGAAUGCAACGACCACGAGUUAGCUCAGGCCAUCCUGGACGGAGCCAGCGUCACACUACCACACGGAUCCCUGACCGAGUGCUACGACGAGCUUGGCAAUCGCUACCAGCUACCCGUUUACUGCUUGGCCCCGCCUGUCAAUCUGAUCACCGAGAGGAGCGAAGAGGAAUCCGUGCCGGAAAACGCUGACGCCCAGACGGCCCCGAAGAAGGAGUUCCAGCUCAAGGUGCGCCUCUCGACGGGCAAGGACGUCCGCCUGAGUGCCAGCAUGUCUGAUCCCGUGGGCCUGCUGAAGAAGCAGCUGCAGGCCCAGGAGGGCAUCGAGGUGGCGCGUCAGCGCUGGUUCUUCUCUGGGAAACUUCUCACGGACAAGACACGCCUCCAGGACACAAAGAUCCAGAAAGACUUUGUUGUCCAGGUCAUCGUAAAUCAGGCAGAUUAAUUAAAGCCAGACAGGACUGAAUGGCGAAGAGAACACAGGAAGCUUUUAUUUUAUGGGAAGAAAAAAAAAAAGGGAUUUCUCCGCCUAGUCUGUCUUUUUUUUUUUUUUUUUUUUUUAUCUCACAGAAAUGAUAGUCAAGAAGAAAGAAGGACGUCGUGCUGCUUUAAUCUUCUACUACAAAAUGUAACUCGAGUCUGACCAUCACUGUACCUUUUUUUGCUGAAUCCUUACGCUGGUUUUGUUUGGACGGACGCUCUGACCCGUGAACCAUGAAAGUCAAAGUGAAUUAAAAAAAAUUUUUUUGUGUGUGAGAGAGACCUGCACAUGAGAGCCUCUUUAAAACUCACCAUUUGGAAAAAAAAGCGAUCGUUGAAAGAAAGUGGUUAAAAUGUCCAUGCUUGCUCGAGCGAAGUGCCAACGUGAAUGAGUUUUUAAAAAAAAAUAAAAGCACAUAUAAUCGACUUCUCGA